AUGGAUGCUUCAGCAUCCAAAAGGGACGCCGAAAUUAAUAACUUGCUCGGUCUCUAUUUGGAAAUUGAUAAUUUGUCUUAUCCUUCACAUAUGAAACAAAAUAAAUCUGUGAUUAAAUACACUCGUAUACCAGAUUUUGAUGAAAAUUCUAGAGUGUCAUGGCCUCAGAAAUCAUAUUCAUUGGAACCUAGGCUCCGUCGCAUUGUCAUGAUUGAAGAACCAAGACUUGAAACAAAUAGAUCUCUUAAGUCACAGGUUGCACUUCCAUCCAGGAAAAUGAGUUCAGAUAUUUGCAAACGACAAGUCAUUGCAAUUGAGGAAGAUGUUUAUAGUCUUCAUCCUAAAUUCUCACAAAAUGUAAGAAAACCUCACCAAAAAAUGAUAAAUCGAGCUAUAGAAACGGAUAGUAAAGAAGAAAAGCAAUCUUCACAACGAAAAUUAUCAAAAUUAAAUUAUUCUUCUAGAUCUUAUAAGGGGUCUUCUAAGACUACCGUUACCACCAACAAUGAUAAAAAAGAAGCAAUUGUUUCCAAAACGGGAAAUAAAUAUAAUACAUUUACAAAAGGAGAUAACGAAACUCGCAGUUAUAAUAAAAGUAUUAGAUCUAAUGAAAUUGCACGAAGUGGACGAAACUCAAAUGUAUCAUCAAAAUUGAACAUAAACAAGAGAUUACUUACGACAGCGAAAGAAGUUGAAAAAGAAAACUCUUCUAUUAAAAACAAAGUUAAAGAUAAUUUUCGUAAAAGCUCACAGAAACGAACUGUUUCAGAGAAAACAAAAUCAAAUAAAUCUUCAUUGAUAUAUAACCAUAAUAAAGUGAUGGAUUUUAAUGGUGUUCAAGGAUUACAUCAACCAGUCUCUGUCAUACAUGUGCCCCUCGAUGUAAAACCAGAAAAGCAUGAUAGGGCAACGGCAAUGUCACCGGAAAUUUUAAAUAUCAAUGAAAACAAUCUGUCUAUGGUAGAUUCUAGUGUUCAAGUAAUAAAUAAUACAAACUUCAACGACGUGAUGAUAGAAACUGAUUUAUGGCCAAAAAAAGUAGACCAAGUUACUGAAAUUGAUGAAAAUUGUCUGUACAAUAAGAGUUUAGAUAAUGUUAUGAAAGAAUCAUUUGAUAGUCUUGAUAUACCAAAUGUAAGCUUAAUGAAUAAACGAAGUGAUAUGCCCAAAGAAGAAGUAGUCGACAUAGUUAAUAACGAUAAUUAUAUCAUUGAAACUUCGCCUGUCAAUAAUUGUAAAAGAAAUAAAGAAAAAGUUAUAGAAUCUCAUUUUCAUAAAAACACAUCGUAUAUCAUAAGCAGAGCUACGUUAACAUACACGACUAGACAAAAAAUCGAUUUUCAUGUCGUUGGUAAUAAUGAUGUAUUGCAGUCUCAUUUAUCUUCUAGACCCUAUAGCUAUCCUUUGAAUGUUGUAUCAGUUUUUAAGCAAGAAAUGAAAAAACAAGAGAGUGUCGAAGAUCGCAAACAGCAUUACGCUAAAAAAGACGACGACAUACGUAACAUAGUGAACCACACGAAGGAUCUGACCCCAAUUAAUUGUUCAUACGUCUUCGACAAUCAUAAAUUGGUCAAACCGUCUGAUAUAAUUAGCACAAUAAAAGUGAAUAGUAGCUUAUUACAACGCGACUAUAUAUGCGAACAGUUCCAAAGGGAGCUCAAUUUUAUAGAUUCCUUUUUUGAAUCUUUACAAUAUUUGGAGAGUUGUUCGUUGACUGAGAAUAGUAUUACGGAAAAGAAAGUGGAAAAUUUUAUUAACAGUGGCCACGACUUGAGUAAUAUUGAAUUUGGAUCGUUCUUAUCUAAGUUUGAGGAUGAAGUUAAUAUUGAUGAUACCGACACAAUGGCUUCGAAGAAUCUUUGUUUGCUCAACUUGCUCAUUAGAGAUGAGCAAAAGAGAGCCAAGCGUAUCUUAAUCGUACUGAAAAUGCGAGAAGACGCUUUGAAAGAUUUCACAAAAUCUCAAAUAUUAUGGCUGGAAAAUAAAAAGAAACAAGAUAAUAUAGAUAUAUCCACUUUAAAGAAGAAGCAACGUGGAGCUCUUCUUAAAUUGCAACAAGAAUGUGGUGAAAUGCAACGCAUGCGUAAAGCCUUGUUGUCCGUAUUGGAGAAACGUAAAUUGGCACUUAUGAAAACAAAAAAGAAUAUAGAACUGAAGUUGAGGAGUAGCUUGGAUUUAGAACAAAUUAUUUUAGGUAAGAAAAAGUUACGGCGAAGCACUUCGGCCGAUCGCCAAGUGGCUCCUAUUAAAUGUUUCGAACUAUCCAGUAGUGGGUGUGACGAUAGCACCACGUCCCGACCCAAGUCUGCCCCGAUUCUCUUACAAAAUGUAUCGAAAAGUAUUACAAGUGCUGAAAAAUAUGUGCAAACUGGUGACAGUAUAACUACAACGAGUCAAAUAGAUCAGUCAACUAACACGGCCGACGAAAAUUUUGUUGUAGUAGAUGGUGGCUAUCUUAACAUACUAUUCCAUAAUUUAUCACUGCCUCAAAUCUUCAGUAGUGGCAAACAGUACGAAGUUAAUCAGGAGGCGUUAAAAAACAUCGUGCAAACAAGUAACAUGCAUCACUUUAACAACAACGACAUCAUGAUCGAAGAACUAAUGGAACAAAUAAAAGAUCUGGAUAGGUCGAGUACACCCUCGACAGCGCGUAGCCUAGUCGAAGAAUUUGAUCAGAUCUACAAAGGCCUUGCCGAGGAAGAGAAAUUGAAACAUAAUUCUGAACAUAAUUGCAACAGUGUUAUUGAAGAGGUUAAUGAUUGUGCCGUCCAAAUAAAUCAAGUUCAAGAGGAGAGUGAUAAAAAGAGAGAAAGUGAUAUUGUGGAGGACAUAGAUUAUAGAGCAAGCGAUGUUCCUCAUGUAGACGUGUCGUGUAUAUGUGAACCGUUGAUGGUAUCUGUGGGGACGCAGGCGUCGAAGAGUAAAGAAAAUGGAGAAAGUAGAGAAGUGAUAAGAAGUGUGUCAGGGCCACUACCAGUGCCGGCCGGCGCAGCGGCGCCCAGUGAUGAUGCAGACGUGCCGUCCUGGUUGAGUCAAACAUCCUCACUUAUAUCCCAAGAUGAUAGCAGUAGCUUGGCAAGCAGUCAGCCUCUUUGUCCGAGUAACUCAUCCCUCACUUCGCCUGUUCAGUUCGAAGCACAGGAACUACGUCGACAACAGUUGGAAAUAGAAAGAGAGAUAAAAGCACUAGAGCAGCAACAGUGUCAGUUGCUAGCAUUGCGCGAGAUCCCAGACAAGCCACCUCCUCCGUACACUCCCCCAUCUGAACCUAAACCGAAAACACCUAGAAACUUCACCGUCGAUGAAAUAGCUGAACAUAGAAUUAAAGAUAUUAUUACUGAAUCUAGCUCAGAUUUCUCACUAACUGAUCCAUUCGACGUAUUUGUUGGCGACUAUUGUAGAGAAGCAAUAGAAAAGCAAAAGUUGGAGAAAAACGAGAAGUAUUGGGACACUUGUAAUUUCUUGCCAUCAAAGACACCUCUUAAUACUGAGAAAUUUAUUAAUAAAACAGUAACUGAUUUGAAAGAUGUUUUAACUAGUGUUCAACCAACUAUUGUAUCAGGCGUAGGUGCGAGACGCUCUGAUCACAUAGACGAUAUAUUGUUCGCGGAAUGGCGACGAUGUGAGCCCGAGUGGACAUCCUUACACGCUGAUGACGUCGUCGUCAAGAACCAAGUCUUUGAGAGUAUCUUCCAGAAGAUUCUCACGGAAACCAUCGAUGAAUACAAAAAAACUGUAGUUGCUCCAACAAAAUGUAGUAAUAAG